UUUGUUUCUAUUUUCGUCAAUCUGUAAAACCCUGAUCCUCCUCAGUAGAAGCUAAAACCAACCGGGAUUACCAGAUUUUCCGCUCUCAUCUGAUCCAUAACGACGAGGUUUGUGUUGGUGAGAUGCAACCUUUUCAUCCAUUAGUUUGGCAGUGCGCAAAAUGAAACCGAGGACCAAUGGGAUAUCUAGAGCCCAGAGGUCGAAAGUAAAUCAUGGCGAGGGGUCAAAUUGGAUCCUAAUUGCAGGGGGCACUUUACUAAGUACAUUUUCAGUGUUCUUGGGCUACAAGCUCAAGCAGGUGCUCAAUGCAAAACAACAGAAUACUCGUGACAAUGCUUUUAAAGGAAAUGAAAGCCGCGAAGAGGGGAAGAAGUCUAGGAAUUUAGAUAUGCAGUCGAGCUCGUAUUCCUUUGCCAAAGAUGAUGAAAACUGUUACACCUUCCCUUCAGGAACUGGAGGUGUGGUGGAAAGAAAACAGCAAGGCAAUGGUCAAGUGUUGACAGAACCUGAAAUGAGACUUCCUCGGAUAUCAGUUCCUGCUCUUGAAUUCAGUAAAGAGAAUGGGUCCUGUUCUCACUAUCAUCUUGAACCACUACAGAAGCCAUUCCAUUACUCAAACAGCUCUGAGUCACCACGUGUCUCAGAUUCCAGUUCUGACAUUUUCAGCAAGCGGGAAGUGAUACAGAAACUGAGACAACAGCUAAAGAGAAGGGAUGACACGAUACUUGAGAUGCACGAACAGAUUGUAGAAAUGAAAAGUUCUUUGAAUUUUCAGCUCUCACAUUCCACUCAUCUACAGUCUUUGGUAGAUGCUGCAAACAGGGAUCUUUUGGAUUCAGAGAGAGAAAUACAGCAGCUGAGAAAAGUAAUUACAGAUUGCUGUAUUGGACAACUGGAUUCUUGUGAAAAUGCCCCAACAGCACCUUCUUGGGCAGGCUAUGGAAAUGUCCAUUUUGAAGUUGAGAGUCAUCCGGUAUCUUCAGAAAAGGGGAGAGGCAAUUGGGAAAGGAUAGAAGUUCUGAAGCGCGAAGUGGAUGAACUGAAGGAAAUAAUUGAAGGGAAAGAGUACCUUCUCCAGAGCUGCAAGGAGCAAAAGGUCGAGCUCUCAACAAAGAUCAAGGAGAUGCAGCGUAGGUUGGAUUCUCAGCUCCCAUAUAUUUUGCAGGCAUAGACCGUGUGUAUUCUUGUUCGACUCUCAUCUUUCUAUUCCUCUUUUUUCCUAGUUUACUUUCAAUUCCCACAAUGUGUAAAAGCUUGAUUGUCUUCUGUACACGGUAGAAUGAAUUAGUUUGGAAAGAAAUGAAUAAAAGUGAUACAUGAAAUAUAAUGGAAAUUCUCUUUUGCA